UUGUAUCUAUGGUCACUGUCUGUAGUGACUUGAUCUAGGUGUAGUUUAAUGUUUUAUUCGAUUGUAAGUUUUAAAUGGAACAAGAUAAUAAUACCGUUUCGUUUAUAAGUACUCCUGGGUUUUGUUCUGAUUGCGGUUCAAUUUUGCCAUUGUUGGGUGAGACAGGAGAUGUAAAAUGUUAUGCUUGUCAACGGACCUGGGGUCCUGAAGCUUUUGGUGAUAUGGCUAUGAAUUGUAUUAUUCAUUUUAACAAAAAGGAUGCUUAUGAUUCUUCAAAACAAAAGGAUGAUGAGGAUGAAGAAGCAGAAGGUCCAAUUGUUGAACGAAAAUGUCCACAAUGUCAAAAUGAUAAAAUGUCAUAUGCCACAUUGCAAUUGCGAUCAGCAGAUGAAGGACAAACUGUAUUUUAUACAUGUACUAAAUGCCAAUUUAAAGAGACAGAGAAUUCUUAGUAUACAUGUUUACUGUACAUUGAUGUAUUAAUUUAAAAUACUUACUAGAAAAAUAACACUUUAUAUUAAUAAAACAUAGAGCUUUAUUUUUGAUACACUCAACAAAUAUCAGUGAAGGGAGAAUAAUAAUUUCGUAAUAUCGCUGAAUUAACGAUGUAUUUUCUUCUUAAUUACGCGUAGUUGGAUAUUUUUGUUAUUGAUGUAUUUUUAAAUCCUAUACUCGAUUAAAUAUUUUGUACAAUACAUUGGAAUAAAAGUUAACAAUCACUUUAA